AUGGGCACUAAUACAUUAACAUUUAAGUCGAUUUUGAUCCAUGCGGCACUUGAAGGCUGUACAAGAGAUAUUUUGCUUACGUCUACAAUGACUUUGUAUCAGUUACACAAGUUUAUUCUGAUUGCAUUCGGUUUAAAUGAAUCAGGUGUAGAAUAUCAUAAUUUUAAUCUUAUCAAACAGCUGGAUCCUGUAGAAACAUCUUAUGAAAUCAUAGAUGACCAAGAAGUCGACGGAUUCAUUACACCUGUAGCACCUGGUGUUUAUAUUGAACAUACACAUCCACAUGAACCAUUGCCAUUGUUCUCUAUUUACUAUAAAGCCUUGCACGAUGAAAUGUCCUUUAGAAUGAUCCGAGAUGAAAGAUAUUGCACAUUAAACACCAUUCCAAGUCGAGAAUUACAUUACGAAUUCCAAUAUCAUGCAAAUCAUUAUUCAAUCCAUCUGAAUUUACAGUCAGUCAAUUUACC